GCGACGUUCAGUUCUACUUUCCACGUUCCACGUAGUAUCAUGGAGAACAGACGGCCGUCCGCGCGCACGAGCCGCGUUGGCUCCCACGUUCGCUUUGAGAACGAUUGCGUGACGACGCUAGAUGCCUUCCGAUAUAUUGACCGCGGGUGCCGCGCGGAGGCGGAUAUGUUUUACAGUGAAGCCAUCAACUGCUUCGUCAACGCAGGCGAAUGCUUGCUCUUGGUGUCGGAGCGCGAUGGCGACGACAUUUCGCCGAUGCUUCUGGCCAAGGCCCAAGAAGUGAUCGGGUGGGCUGAGAACCUUUCGUUGUGGCUUGAAGGUGGUCGUUCAGGGCCGUUGCCGUCGCGUAAAUGCCGCGGGAUUCAAGUGCCGUUUGCAAUGGAGUACGCGGGGGGCGACCACUACGAGGAAGCAGCGGAGAUGAGCUACACACCGGUGGCCUCUGUGAACCCGAUCCAUUUUACUUCCGACGGGUACCGCCUCCAGUGCAUCGGUCGAGGCCGCAAGCCGACGAUGAUGAUUGUGAUCACCAUGUACAACGAAGACGCGGAAGAGUUGGCGACAACGUUGCGCAAGGUAUGCAACAACGUGGCCAACAUCCAGAAGAACGCGUUGCCGGGGUACAAGGGCGACGACGCGUGGAAGAACAUCGUCGUGUGCAUCGUGUCGGACGGCCGCACCAAGGCGAACCCGUCGACACUCGCGCUGCUGCGGGAGCUGGGUCUGUUCAACGAAGACGUGAUGACGAUCUUCUCCACGGGCGCCAACACGACCAUGCACUUGUUUGAGCGGACACUUCGGUUGGGCAAGGACAAGAAACAGGUCAAGCUGUACCAUCCGUCGUCCACGUCCACGGAGAAGUCGUACCCGCCGCUGCAGGCCUUGUUUGCGCUCAAGGAAGCGAACGCGGGCAAGCUCAACUCGCACUUGUGGUUCUUCAACGCGUUUUGCAACCAAGUGGACCCCGACUACAACGUGCUGCUGGACGUGGGCACGCUCCCCACCAAGUCGGCGUUCUACAAGCUGCUGUCGACGUUGGAGAUGAAGCACGACGUCGGCGGCGUGUGCGGGGAGAUCGCCGUGAGCUGCCCGAUCCCGAACCUGUGGAACUUUGUGAUUGCCACGCAGCACUUUGAGUACAAAGUGUCCAAUUUGCUGGACAAGGCCACCGAAUCGUGCUUUGGCUUUGUGUCCGUCUUGCCCGGGGCGUUCUCGGCCUACCGCUUCUGCGCCAUCAAGGGGGCCCCGCUGAACGCGUACUUUAAGAGCCUCACCACCGACAUGGCCGACCUCGGGCCGUUCUACGGCAACAUGUACUUGGCCGAAGACCGCAUCUUGUGCUUUGAGCUGCUCGCGCGCACGAAUGGCGCGUGGAAGCUCAAGUACAUCAAGGACGCGAUUGCGCGGACGGACGUGCCGUCGACGCUGGUGGACCUGAUGAACCAGCGGCGGCGGUGGCUAAAUGGGAGUUUCUUUGCGAUGCUGUACUCGAUCGUACAAUGGGGCCGACUGUACACGCACACCAACCACUCGGUGCUGACCAAGAUUGGGUUUCUCAUCCAGUACUUUCAGCUGAUCAUCCAGCUCAUGUUUGGGUGGUUCAUGGUCGCGACGUUCUACCUGUCAGUGUACUACACUGUGUUUACGAGUUUGAAGAAGAACAAGCUCGGGUUUGUCCAAACAGAGGAAUGGUACGACGACCACCACUCGAUCGCCAUGUCGCUGUUCAACAUUAUGUACGCCAUGCUCAUCAUGGUCCAGCUCAUCUUUGGCCUGGGCAACAAGCCCCAGCACGUAAAGAACCUGUACACGGUGCUCAGUGUCGCGUACGCGGUCGUUGUCAUCACCGGCGUGUUCUUUGCGUUUGCAUCCAUCGCGUCGGGCGGCAACAUUUCUAUCUUUAACAUUUGCCUCAUCGUCGCGACCCUUGGUGUGUACUUUGUGGCGGCGCUCGUGCACUGCGAACUCCACCACGUGCUGUUUACGAUCGUCCAGUACUUGGUCAUGCUGCCAAGCACGAUCAACAUCUUGAUGAUCUACGCGUUCUGCAACCUCCAAGACUUGAGCUGGGGCACCAAGGGGCUCACGGACUCGAGUGGCCACGGCGGCGACGGCGCGUCCAUCGUGGACAAGGCCAGCUCGGGCAGCUACAAGGACCUCGUCGCGGCGCGCAAGCUCAAGGAAGCCGAGGCCAAGCAGGACGCGAAAAAGGCGAACGACGUCAAGAAGAACUUUGAGGCGUUCCGCAGCAACUUGCUCAUGUUUUGGCUGCUCUCGAACGCGGCGCUGAUCAUCGUGUGCAUCUACUUUGUGGGCGCAAACGUGUUUUUGCCGUCGCUGUUCUUGUUCAUUGCGCUGUUCAAUGUGACGCGGCUGAUCGGGUCCGUCAGCUUUGUGGUGCUCACGGCGUGGGACUUUAUCCUGCUGUGCAUUUGCCUCCGGUCGGGCAGUUUAGAGAAGCGGAGAACCAACAACCGGCAUCAUCGCGCGGCCAACGCGGACGAAGACAACGCAGCCGCGUAUGGCCACCUCGGCAGCUCCAAAGUCGACGGGGGCAUGCCGUCAAUUGUGUUGAAGUAAAUAACCAGACCCGCGACUUGUAUCUCUCCUGUAAUACAAGCCACACAUGAUUGCAUGCUACCAGUAUGUGUACAGUAUGUAAUACCAGGUCGUGCUUGAUGGAGCGAAAUCAAUCUUGGGAUUCAUACUAUACAUAAUAAAUAUAACAGUAAAUAAAUACCUAUGUAUACCUACA